GUUUAUUGUUGACGUACACACAAAUCGAGAAUUUUCUUCAUUUGACCUUCAUUCAUAUACACAGGACACUAGUAAGCAUAACAGAAAAGAAAUUGAGUGAUCACGCUUAGAAAUCAUGACAGAACGAGAGAUAAAUUAUACUUUCACACUACUAUUCAGUGUAGCAAUAUGUGUCAUUGGCAACAGUUUCCUGUACGGGUACAAUAUUGGUGUAGUCAACAACCCAGCAGGGGUGAUACGUGUAUUUUAUGUAGAAACAAUUAUGAUAAGAAGACAACUGCUCCCAGAAAAUUGGUUUGAAAUCAAAGAUCAAUAUCUAGAAAUGAUGGAAAAUAUGAAAAUGCAGAAUCUUACUGUGAUAUCAGACACUAGUAAUGCUACAGCACCGGGAAAUGCAUCCGGUUUUGACAUUGGUAAAACUAUUGCCAAGAUCAAAUUCGUUUCAGAAGAAGAUGACAAAGUGGAACUCCUCUGGUCUGUGACUGUGGCCAUUUUUGUUUUGUUUGGUAUGAUAGGAGCUUUUGCCUCUGGAAAAUUUGCAGAUUAUUUUGGAAGAAAGAAAGGGAUGAUUAUUAUAACUGUAAUCAUGUUUGUGGCGGCCAUUUGUGGCGGUAUUCCAAUCGUUGCACGUUCAUUCGAGGUCAUCAUAGUUCAUAGGGCUUUAGUGGGAUUGCAUUGUGGUUUGAAUGUAAGUUUAGCAUCAUUGUAUUUGGCGGAGAUUUCACCAAAGAAGAUCAGAGGGGCUAUUGGAACUUGUCAUCAGUUGUUUAUUACGAUCGGUAUCCUAUGGUCUAACAUCAUGGGAGUAUCUAAACUUGCAGGAACUCACAAACAAUGGCCAUGGGUGUUUAUUUUUAAUGCUUUCCCAGCAUUAAUUUGUCUUGUGGCCAUGCCAUUUUGUCCAGAGAGUCCACGAUACCUGCUCAUCAAUAGAGGAGACGAGGAAACUGCAAGACAUGGAUUAAAGUCUUUAAGAGGAUAUCUGGAUGUUGAAGAUGAGAUUGAUGAAAUGAAAGUUGAAGCCAGGAAAUCACAGAGUGUUAAACAGUUCUCCCUCAAAGAAUUACUGACCAGUCCAGAAUUACGUGUACCUAUUAUAAUAGCCUGUUGUUUGCAGAUCGCACAGCAAUUCUCUGGAAUCAAUGCUGUGAUGUCCUAUUCUAGUUUUAUGUACGAGAAUGCCGGUGUUAACCUAAACCUUAUUGAGUGGAUAGUGUGUCUGACCAGUCUGAUCAACAUGCUGACCACCAUACCAGCUGUACCUAUGAUUGAGAAACUUGGCAGACGGAUGCUUCUUCUUUUCCCCAUGGUUUUGAUGGCAGUAUCUUUUGUAAUAUUAACAAUCUUCCACAAUUUGCAGUAUGACGAGGGACUACAAGGAAGUCGUCAUAUCUUUGCCAUAAUAGGUAUAGUGGCCAUGCACACAUAUGUCAUUGGUUUUGCCGUUGGUCUUGGACCAAUUCCUUUUAUUGUUGUUGGUGAGAUAUUCAGACAGGAACCCAGAGCAGCUGCUAUGAGCUUAUCAUUGACCUUCAACUGGAUCUGUAAUUUUAUUCUUAUGAUGGUAUUCAGAUUUAUGCAGAAAGCCAUGAGGGGAUUUGUAUAUUUGCCAUUCAUUGGAGUGCUCGUGUUAGCCCUAAUCUUUAUAUGGUUUAUGGUUCCGGAAACUAAGAACAAAACAUUCGAUCAGAUAGCUGCUUCAAUACACAAGGGUGGACGGAACCAAGAUAAUAUGUUAAACCAUGAGGGGGAAGAACUACAAUCGAUGAAAGCUUGAUGAAUGCAUAUCUUAGAUGCUGUUUAUUUUUAGUGGAUAUUUUGACGUUGAUCGCUUUUGUUGUAGACUUAGGGCUCAAUUGUUUUGUUAAGUGUGUUCCAGACAUAUUCAUUGAGGCCCUGUUACAAGAUCACUUUCACAAAAUGACUUCAGUAAAGACAUCUGUUUAUAGUAGCAGAGGAAAAUCAUUCCAGUCAGGCAUUUAAAUGUUUAACCAUGGCAACACUAUUAAAGUUGCUAUGGUUUCAAAGGAAUACCUUUUAGACGCGCUCAUUUUCAUACAUACGUACAUAAAACAUGUAUGUUCAUUCACUAUUGCAGUUUUAUUGCGAUUCUUCAUCUAACCAUCUAUCAUUAUCUUCAUUGAUUAUAUUAUAAACUAGCCAAACUUCAUUCUUCAUCACAUAAAUUAUGUGUAACCAUUGGCUAGUUAACAGAAAAACUACUUUAUAAGUAGACAGUAACUUAUGCUAAGUAAUAUUAUUGUGUACAAAAUCAAAUAAUUUGAGGAUUUACAAAUUGUACCUUUACACAGAAGAAUCACACAAUUUGCCUGCAUGUAAUUUGUUAAUUCAUAGGAUAAAAUCAAUGGGGAGCAAACCAGAAUUUUAAAGUUUAUGCUGUGUAUCGUCUAAUAUACAGACACAAAAUUUACAACCAUUCCAUAAAAAAAAAAUCGGAUAAGAUUCAGUUAUAUUAAAUUUUAAA